AUGCAUCUCACCAACAUUGCCGUACUAUUCCUUGCCACCUGGCUCGCGGCGGCCCAGACUGUAGUGACAAUAACACAGGGGCCACCAAGCCCGACCGCGGAGCCGGAAUGGACAUCGGACGACACCUUCACGUCGGCGGUCCUCAAUAGCACAAACACAUACCGUAAGCAGCACAACGCCUCUGACAUGAGCUGGAACGACACACUCGCUGGCUUCGCGGCCGACUACCUCGACGACAUGCCGGGCGACAGCUGCGACUUUGAGCACUCUGGCGGACCCUACGGCGAGAACCUAGCCAAGGGGUACCACAACGCAACGCGCAGCGUCGAGGCGUGGGGCGACGAGCGCGAUGACUACAAUUUCCAUAGGGGAGAGUUCGACGAGGAGACGGGCCAUUUCACGCAGCUCGUGUGGAAGAAUACCACAGACGUCGGUUGCGACCGCAAGUUGUGCGACGACGGGCAGUGGUAUCUUGUGUGCGAAUACUGGCCGAGGGGUAACAUCAUUGGCCAGUUCGUAGAACAGGUGCAAGAAGAGUCAUUCGGGGCAAGCUCUGCUCCCGGUAUACCACUCGGAGUUGUUGUGAUAGUAUCGUGCUGGAUGUUGGCUUGA